AUGGUGAAUUGUGCUUUAAAUACUAUCGCCAAUUUUAUGCAUAACGCAGUUGAUGAUUCCCACCUUUUGUAUUUUCAAGUAAACGAAAAUAUUACCUCUGCGAUUUAUAAUUCUAUGUCGUUCCUAAUAUUGUUUGGACAAAUGUGGUUUCUCGGUUUAGUUCUGUAUGCUGUAACUGCUUCUUAUUUGCCAUAUGUAAAACCCUACGCUUACAUUAAAUAUUUCGUUAAAAGGUAAAG